AUCAGCGCUUCCAAACGCAUGUUCGUUAGCUAAAUUUAUCUGAUCGGUUCAAUGCGAACAUGCAGCAGGCGCUUGUCAACCCUCGUCCCAUCCACCACCCUCUUACCCCUCCUUUUUGCACCUAGAGACUCUUUGAACUCAGAUUCAGCUGUUCGAUGAAGAAAAGGUUCACGCGUCUGCUGAAGGGAAGCAGCUCAAACCCUGAUUUGCCUGUGGCCGGUGGAAGUCAGCUGUCUCCACCUUCGGGCGAUAGAUCUCACAGAGGACUUUCGAAGUUCCAUCCCAAAUCCUGGCGCAAGUCGACCAACCCUUCCGCUCUAAGCGCUCAACACUCUCCGAACCCUGCAAGUUCCAGCGCACAGGAUCUCCUGCCCGCUCGGAUAGGCCAAGAUCCUUUACCACUCGUCGUUCCUGCUCCCAAAUCAGAUCCUGACCAGUCUGCCAAUUCGAGCACUGCAAAAGUCGAACUACUUGAUCCAAAGUUGAAAGAAAGAAUCGCCGACGCCACCAGGGGUGAGGGGGACAUGAAGAAUAUCUCAGGAGUGACCCGAAAUAUAGCUUCAUCAAACAACCACCUACAAUCCGUUCCCAGUGCGAUCGACACGACGUCCAAGAUUCUUGAUUCCUUGAGGUUGUUCACCUCCGUCGCUGACGGACUUGCAAAUGUCCAUCCAUAUGUGCAGGCGGUAUUGAGUAUAUUUACCAGCGCGUCCAAGAUGAUUCUCGAUCAGGCAGACCGCGAUGCCGCUGUUAACGAUCUACUCGCGAAGAUAUCAGACGUUUAUGCUU